CUUUCGGUGAUCUGUGUUCGGGAUCUGAUGGAUGAUGGAUGUGAAGGACUGUGGCGGAGUGGUUCUGACUGCGUUUCAUUCAUUCAGGAUCCACGCAGAUGAGCAGAAACACGCAGCAGACAACAGGAAAGCGCAGUAUCAGCGGAUAGGCAGCAUGAGUUUGUCUCCCUCCGCUCCGGAGCGCUGUGUGUCCCGGGACUCUAUGGAGGACUACUGGAGUGAGAUGAAGAGCAUCGAGGAGGAGCGUCAGGGAGGACCGGAGGAGCAGACGGAGCGGAGCAGCAUGGAUGAGGCGGAGCUUGAGGAGGCGUGGCUGCAGGAGGCGGGGCUCUCCACACUGGUGACAGGAACACAGAGCGACGGUCCGGCGGAGGCUCUUCUCUCCACGCUCACGCGCUCACAGGCCGCUAUGGUGAAGAAGCGGCUGGAUAACUACACGCAGACGCUGCGCAAGAGGAACAGACAGCCCACGAGACACGUGCGAGACGUCUUCUCCACGCCCGACGCCUCGUCUGAACUCACGCCUCCCAUUUCUCCAAACGGACAGAUCGCUCUCAGACUGCCGCAGUGGAAUACACCUAAAGUUCCUCCUCCGUGUGCAGCGGACACUAACGGCUCCGGCAGCGCUUCAGAGACCAUCCUUCUGUCGUUCGACGUGCCGUAUUCAGAAGCGGCUCGAGCUCAUCGGAAAGGCCGUGAAUGCCAAGACUGCAGGAGGAUCCGUAAAGACGACAAGGAUUCACCGAGAUUUCAGAUCGUGAGGCCCAGACAGGGCGUGACGCGGGUGAGGGAUCUGACGUCUGAGGACAUCAAGAAGAUCGGCUACAUCUCUCUGAUCGAGCUGACCACCUUCUACGACUUCCUGGGCAUCGAGAUGAAGAGGAACCGCGUGGUGCGCAGUAGAGCACGAGGUGCGUGUCGCUCACAUCCAGAUCUCUCUGAUCGAGAUCCAGACUCAGAAACUGCAUUAAACACCCACAGACAGCAGGAUACCAUUACUACUAUGUCCAAAAACAUGGUUUUCAAGAAGUUACUGUCUAAACUGGAGCAGACGGGCUUACAGACGGAGGGGAUUCUCAGGGUUCCAGGAUCAGCGUCCAGAGUGAAGCAUCUGCGUCAGGAGCUGGAGCUGAAGUUCUACGAGGAUCGUUUCGACUGGGAUCAGGUGCGUCAGAACGACGCGGCGGGUUUACUGAAGAUGUUCAUCCGCGAGCUGCCCAAUCCUCUGCUGACCCAGCAGCACCUGCCGGCGUUCACAGCCGCUCAGAGUAUCUCAUCACCCAAACAUCAGAUUCAAGCUCUUCAUCUUCUCAUCAUGCUGCUUCCUGAAGCCAACAGAGACACACUGAAGGCUCUCCUGGAGUUCCUCAGAAAGGUGGUGGCGUACGAGGAGAAGAACCGCAUGAGUCUGUGGAACGUCUCUAUGAUCGUCGCGCCGAACCUCUUCACGUUCCGCGGGAAGAACGCCAAGCAGGAGGAGAUGCAGGGAGCGGUCGCCGCGGCCCAGCUCGUGCGUCUCCUCAUUACCCAUCAGGACCUGCUGUGGACGGUCCCGUGUUUUCUGAUCUCCCACGUCAGGAAAAUGAACGAAGCCGCCAUGGGCAAGAAAACACCGGCUUCAGAGAAGAGCAAGCGCAGGCUCCUGAAGAGAUGGAGCAUGGAGAAGGACCGCGAGCGCAGUGAAGUCACAGACCUUCGCGACGGCGUCAUCAGAGUUCACGCGCCGCUCCACGCCAAGGUUUCCAUGGCGAUUCAACUGAACGCCGAGAUGAAGGCCAGAGACAUAACAGCGCGCUUCGACGGCGAGAACGGGCGCGGGUCACGCAGCGCCAGUCGAAGACAGAGACAGUAUCUGUUCGAGAUCGGAGGAAACAUCGGCGAGCGCUGCCUGGAUCCAGACGCACAUUUACUGGACGUUUACCGUGUUAACCCUCACUGUGAAUGGGUGUUAAAGUCCUGGGCGUCCUGAGGGCGCAUGUUUACUGCAGAUGAUCAGAGGUCAGGGGUCAAACAUCCGCCGCUGCGGUUCAAUGCUGGUCAUUGAGUUUUUUUGGUGCCAAAACUGUGUGACCGUCUGAUCAGAAGCCCUCUUCAGGACGCUUUACACCACUAGCCAGUGUGAAAAAAGAGCAUGUACAUAAUAUUUAUACCACUAAUUUAUCCGCUGUAUGAUAAUGAUUUUGUAUUGUUUGUAAACGCUGCAUGUUUGUGAUGAAGCCAUGUGAACCUAAACACUCAGACCCUCGCUGAACCUGAAGAACACGAGCGCCGCAUAUUUCACCCUCAAAUCACAAGAAAUGAAGAUUAUAGAGCCGUUUAUUUCCAUGAAAAAAAUGUUUUGACCCAAAAUCUCAUUAUUGUGAUGAAUUACUGAACUGGGGAUUGUGUUGUUGUUGUUCCUUUAAUUUUAUUGAUUUAAUGUAUUAAGUUUAUUUUUUAUUGUAAAACUGACUAUUACAGAAUUGAGAAACGUCGAGAAUACUGAGCAUAAAUGCUCUGAUGUAUUAUAUAAAUAAUUAUAUAUAUACACUGUAUGUAUGUGUGUACAUGUAUAUACUGACUAUAUAUAUAUACA